GUCGAUAUGACAACUUCCUUGGUAACCAAAAGAAGCUUGCUCUUCGGUGUGUUUAUGUCUCGAGUUUAGUGUUUACUCAUGUUUAGUGUUAUAGCGAAAUGCAUCAAUGGGAAAACGUGUUCUGAGUUGCAUUCAUGGACGUGAAGUUGCAACGAGCGACGUGGAAAGAAACGAUUGCAGCCAAGCUCACGUUAAGUGUUGAGCUUGCUAUCUCAGCUAGCUAGCUACACAUAUUGUAUCCAUCAUGUAUCUUUGAGGAAAUGAAUUCCCUCCAGUGGUAUUGUUCCUUUCAGAUAUGUAUCGUCUUGUGUGGACGUUUGGUUCAGGCAGCCACAGAUUCAGGGGUCACUUCAACCGUCACUCCCAGCACUGUUGAUGGGGAGCCUUUCAGAUCAGCAACCCCUGCUCCGGGUGGCACAGCGGCCCUGGACGGCACCAGUGUCGGCACCAGUGAGGCGGUCACCCUGGACUCUACCCCGGACUCCACUCUGGACUCCACUAUGGACUCAAUGGCAACCACGACGCUGGCUGUGUCCGAAGCUCCGACUGUCUUCACCGAGGAGCCCCCUGCAUCCACCGUCCAGCCUCUGUUGACUUUAGAGGGUUGUCUCUGUGAUUUAACGCCUGGUUUCUGUGACAUCGGCUGCUGCUGCGACACAGUUGAUUGUGGCAUUGCAAACUUGAGUACUGUCUUCACCAGAUGUCCACAGAAAGCCAUAUCAGGAGUUUGCAUUGAGAAAUGGCUAAUGUUCAUGGCUAAUGUGGAUUCGUCUCUUGUCACUGUGACUGACUCCUUGUAUUGUGUCAGGCCUGAGAAUAGUGCACCCCAGUCCCUCCCAGCUCCACCGCAGUAUCCAGCUUUAGGGGACUCGUACCACUUCUCACCACCAGCACCUACAAGCAUCCGCCACAGCAGAGCCUUCUACAGGGUAGAUGAUGUCAUCCAGACAUAUUUCUCCAACUCGACCGUGUGGGGUCUCCUUCGUCAGCCAUCUCCAGGAACUGCUGCUGCAUUCUGUAUGAACAGCAACCCUGCAAAGUUCUUGAGGUCUGCGUCUCUGUCUUGUACCCGCAUGUUGACUCCUCAGUCGUGCACCACAGAUCCAAAUUUGAACGCCCGUUCCUACUUCUCUGAUAUGAACCUGAUCAAGAUUCCAAUAGUUGAGACGGCACAAGUGUCAGACUUUCUGAUCCCAGUUACUCCACUAGCUGACUGGCCUGCACCAAGUGAACAAAACAACUCAUGUAUCAAUGUGGUGACAAAUGUGGAGUUUGUCGUAGGAUACACAGGCAAAGGGGAACUCACAUAUGUAACAUUGAAUGUAGUCAUAGCUGAUGUGGAUCCAAAUCAGUUGCUGUUGCAGACACACUCUGUACAGUUUCAGCUGGCAACACCGAGAACAACUUCAGGAGGUCCAAUCCCUGCUGUCGGAUUGAAAGUGGGAUCCCCUGUCAUUGGUAGCUUUAAUGGAGAAUUGAAGCCUCUGAACACACUGGGGGUGUCACCGAGUCUGAUGUGUUCCUUUGACCCCCGGAGACGAGCACCCAUCCUCUUCGCACACAACAUCGUCACUGGCUGCACAUUCAGUUCUCCAUCUAGUGACUGCUCAGAGCUGCAGUCCCAGAUGUACGGAAUCCUGCAGGGUCUUGCUACCCCUGAUGUGAUUGCCAUGAACUCCGGUUCCCAACCGGAGUGGACGAGAGUCAUAACACAGGAAUGUCCUGCCAGCCUGCAGCAAACAUGUGAAUCGGGCUGCAUCCUCCCCAACUCUCUCUCUAUCCGAAUACUGUGGGCCCGCCAGGGUCUCUUAGACCUUCCUCAGAACUACAUCCUGGGGGCCAAAUACCUAUUCCAGUGUCAAAAUGUGAAGUGUCCUACGUCGUCCCCUAUUUCUCUAACCACUGAGGUGACGUUUGUCGACACUACAGUUUACCCAGAACCCCCCAGAGGCUCGCCUCAGUCGGACUGGAAGUUUCCAUUUGGUUUCUUCACUCGAGGCACUGCUGAGCUGGAUGGGCACAUUGUCAUCAACGGCAGUGUCACUGAGAAGGUCACAUGGAGUUUAACGCUGUUCACAGUAAUGUUACUAACAGGAUUAGAAUUCUUCACAUAGCUAACGAUGGACUUAGGAGUUAGGGAGCUUUCGAAGUUUUGAGGGCUUCUUAUCUUGAGGAAAGACAUGUAUAUAAAGAUGUUGAUGGUUUACUAUGUCAUUUGAUUUUGUAAUGCUUUUUUACAAUAGAAAGAGGUAUCUUUCCAUAAGUAAAACAAAUACCUUAAUUUAUUCUUCUUCUGUACAUUUUCAGAAAUACAUACAUUUUUACAAGACA